UUGAAGUCCGUCCAAAAGGGCAGCGUUCACUGAACAUUUCUGGAUAAUCCCAAAGGAAACACAAUGCAAAACUGAAGAACUUAAGUAUCUAUCAGUUUAUUCCUUUGGUUACUGUGGUUACGUAGAAGUACCUGAUGGGAUGCUGAAAGAGACAGAUACCUACGUUGGCCGUGGGACACUUCUACAUUGAAGAUACUUUUUUAAAUGAAGAUUAUGACUCUGAUGUUUUUGCCGUGCUUGAUGCUGUUGCUCGGCACCACAGAAAGUGUGGUAGAGAUGUGCAGGGGGACGCACUGUUUCGGCUCAGAGGACUGGACCGGACCGUGUACAGGGCCACACUGCCCGAGGCGCACAGACGCGGCGUCCCCACGCAACGGUCCCUCAGCGGCCGACCGCCAGCAGUUUGCUAAGCCUUUUUACCAGGACGCCCAGAGUAACCCUCAGCCCAGGAGUCCGCUGGUACCUUACACGGUCAUUCAGCCCCAGCGCGACACGCGGAAAGCCAACCCGAGGACCGUCACCGCGGAGGUGUACCACCCGGCGUGUACCGGAGGGAAUUGCCGAGAUUCCCAGCCGCGACCUAUCAGGACCGAGGAAUGCAAGGGGAUCGAAUGCAAGCUACCGCUCAGGAUGCGAGCGAAGCCAAAAACCCGGCAGUGCCCGGGCGACGGCUGUCUUGCUGAUGGCGGGGAAGACGCGAAAGGGCAACGGACCCCCUUGGUUCGCGACAGAGCGGCGCAGUCUCUCGGGGAACUUCCAGACUUUGGAACAGAACGUGACACAUCGCAUCUGGGGAUACAGUUGACAUGUGAUCUCAAAUCAGGCAACAACGAGGUCCCUUCCGAGGAGGCCCUGGUGUUGCACCUGCGACUGGCCAAGGGCCAGGAGAAACUGGUGGAGGCCCUGAGGAGUCAGCAGGACGAGAUCCGAGAGCUCCAGCACAGACUGAGCGAGCAGCAGGGGACGCUGGCCAGCCAGCAGAGAGAGAUGCUGGAGCAGCAGAGCAGAAUGUACCAGCAGAUGGAUCAGGUCAAGGCACAGUAUGGCCUGCUCCUGGAGAGUGUCAAGCAGGUGUCCUUCCAGGGCAUUCACAGCCAGCUGGAGAGCCACAUGUUGAGCCAACGAGGCCAGACCAGGGUCCCCAGCCCCCAGGCCUACGCUGUACACAAGGUGGACGUGGAGGCCAGCGUGAUGGAGGUGGAGCGACCCGCAUGCGGCGUCUGUGGCGCGGAGGAGUACUGCCACCUCGGGACUGGCCUGCCGCGGUGUGAGAGGUGCACCGUCUGCCCGCCGGGCUUCUUCCUGGUGUCCCAGUGCUCCGUAUACGCCGACAGGAUAUGCCAGGACAGGGAUGAGUGCCUUGAAAUAUCAAACCUUUGUGGGCAACAGGAGAAAUGUCUGAACACUCCAGGCGGAUUCAGAUGCCAGGGCUUGUCUGAGAGAGAGGCCAGCACAGGCUUUUGUGGACACGCCUACUUCUACAACGCUGAGAUGGAGGAGUGCCAGGCCUGUCAGGACUGUGAGCUGGAGCAAGUGGCCAAACCCUGCACCUUCACGAGUGACACCGUCUGCUCCGCCCCCUCCCCCACUGACAGCAGCAGGCUGUCCCUGGCCUGGGCCGGGGAUGUGACCCUGCCCCCCGCCAAGGGCCACGCCCCUGGCCACGCCUUCCCCAACAUGCAUCUCUACAUUCAGGCCCGAGGAGAGAGCGAGCUGCUCUCCACUGAGGAUGGCGGCCUGGUGCUGCGACACCACGGCCUGGUCUGGGCUGACGAGAACCUGGCCCUUAACCACGGCUGCCGCAGUUUCGUCCAGGUUUGCCUGCGGCUCAAUGCCAGUGACCGGGCCGAGGGGCGGGACCUAAGCGGGAUCAGGGUGGAGCAGCGCGAGGUUAAGACGCUCCAAAGUGCAUUGAUCAGUGGCGUGGCAGAAGUUGCUCCGGGGAGCACACUCUCCUUGCUCCUCCGGAGUGCCAGUCACCACUGCAACCACACCAGUGACGGCCUGCACAUCCACGACCCCCUGGCGCCUCCCCUCAGCCUCCUCUGGCUGUCACACGACACCGGGGCAGUUGCUAUGACGGCGCAGGCAGUCUCGUCGGCACACUACCACAACAACUACCGGCCCGCCUUUAAGACCACGUCCACCUCCGACCCGUACGUGGUGGGGCUGACGCAUGACGGGCGCGGAGUGCGCUUCACCGAAAGCGGCACGGUGCGCUUCGUGUUCCAGCAGGCACUCUACUCCAUGGGCCAGGCGUGCGUGACCGAAGGCCUCCAUCUCCUGGCCUACGUAAACCGCAACGGGAGCAGCGUGGAGCUGGCGCGUACCUUCAAGACGGGCGUCCACUACCGCGACACGUCCAUCUCCCUGUCGGCCGCAACCGGUGUGGGUCCCGGUGACACCCUGGGCUUUGAGAUCCUCUCCCCGGGACAGUGCAACAUCCGCUACUUCGGCGACGACUCCGGGAUCAGCGCUCUCAGCCUGGUGUGGGUCCCCGCCGCCAUUUCCUCAGCCGUCUCCGUCUCCGUGGCGCGCACAGGCUUGCCCACCGGAGCCGUGCGCAACAAGCCCCUGUACUUUCGCCAGGUCACGCCUAACGUGCUGCAGGUGCAGGUCGGGUUUCCGGGGAAGGUCCGUGCGGAACAGGGACGCGAGUUCGUCUUCACGGAAAGCGGAACUGCCAACUUGGCACUGGACCUGAAACUGAUACACUCCUGCAGCCAGGUUAAAGUCACGUUACUCCGGCGUGAAGGCGAACGGGAGGAGGGGAAACCGGUCCUUCUGGCCCAGCAGGUCGGAGGGCCGAUGCCGGAAGGAAGCGAGUGGACCAGCGUGGGUCUGAGAGCUUCCUUUCAGGUUCAGAAUGGAACGAUGGUUUUUGUCACAUUGGAUUGCGUUCGUGGUCGUGUCAACCAGAUCAGCCACCAGGCAGGAAGUGGAGUCUCGAUACUAUGGGUGGCUGCGUAGCAUCAGUCUAGAUCUACUCAAUUAAUGCUCUAGGUGGCACCAUAGCAUUACCGUAGUGACGACAAAAUAAUAAUACCAUAAUACUUUGCUAACAUACAGCAGUUCUUACGCAUCUUUCAGUGCCCUUUGAUCAAUUCAGUUGGCCAACUUUAGCAUGGUUUUCAUUAAUGUCAUACAUUUUGUAUAAAAGCUCAAUUCCAAAACCGUAAAGCAAAAAAUGUAAUAACUUAUAGUAGACCAAAAAGAUGUUGGUGAGUAGCAGGUUUAUGGUCUUCAAUACAGAUAGUCUUGUACUAUAGUACUUCAUAAUACUCUGAUUCUACAGUGACGCUAGAAAUAGAAUUGCUUUUCAACAUUUCUUAGUAUGAAACUUUGUUGAAGUAGAAAUUUGGUUUGUGCAUAUUUUGAUACUGUUAUAUUGUACAUAAUUGAGUUACUGUAUUGAUGCCGGUGUUUUAUUUCAGAUAGUUGUUGUUACAUUUUAAAUCUCUGCUGUCAACAACAAAGAUUGUUCUGGGCUGGUUUUACUCUGAAGUAUAUUCAAAGCAUAUGUUUCAGGUUAUUUGCCGCUUUCUGCAUGCUUUAUUUAAUGACCAUUGUCAGGACAUCCUUGGCUAUGUACAAAGCAGUUUGUACAUUCUUGUAUGGAAGUCCACUUGUGUUAGACAGUUGCAAAGAAGCUUGUCAUUUUACCUUGG